UUUUGUUCUGUUUGUGCUGGUGGUGUCUGAUCGGUGUGUUUGGUGAGUCAGUGUCAGUGAUGGAGGGAGAUUCUGUCACUCUAAACACUGAUGUUACUGAAAUACAUGAAGACGACGAUAUAGUGUGGAAAUAUGGAGCUGUAUAUAAGUCUCUGAUAGCUCAAAUCAAUAGAGAUGCUGGAAUCUUCUCCAUAUAUGAUGUUCCUGAUGAGAGAUUCAGAGACAGACUGAAGCCGGACAAUCAAACUGGAUUUCUGACCAUCGCAAACACCACAACUCAACAUGCUGGAUGUUAUGAACUAGAGAUUAAUGGAGUAAAACGUUCAUCAAAAACAUUCAGUGUUUCUGUCUAUGCUCGUCUGUCUGUUCCUGUCAUCAGCAACUCUUCACAAUGUUCUUCAUCAUCAUCAUCACAGCAGAAUUGUUCAUUGUUGUGUUCAGCGGUGAAUGUGAGUCAUGUGACUCUCUCCUGGUACAAAGGAAACAGUUUAUUGUCCAGCAUCAGUGUGUCUGAUCUCAGCAUCAGUCUCUCUCUACCUCUGGAGGUGGAAUAUCAGGAUAAAAACACCUACAGCUGUGUGCUCAACAAUCCCAUCAGAAACCAGACCAGACACCUGGACAUCAGUCAACUCUGUCACACAUGUGCAGGUGUUACAACACAGUCUUCUUCUCAUCCUCCAGUCUCUGUUUCUCUGAUAGUGCUGAUUUCUGGUGCUGGAUCUCUGUUGAUUGUUGCUGCAGUCGGGAUCUACUGCAUCUGCAAGAAAUGUAGAAAAACUGAUGAAGAAGAUGAGAUCACUUACUCUGACCCAACGUUCUACAAAAGAAUCCCACAGAAGUCGAAGAUAAAAUCAGAACAUCAUGGGGAAGAGGAUGAAUAUGUCAUAUAUGAGUCUGUUGCCAUGAGUAGAUGAUCAAAUUCAAACCUUUUUUCUGAAUACCAGAUCCAGCUGUGUGAACGCUUUUACUAUGAACCAAAUAUAUAUCAGGAAAUCCCAGCGUACACACAGCAGAAUGAUUCUCAAGUAUGACAUUCAGAGAUGGACUAAUGAAAACACUUUGCUUUGUAGUUCUAUGAAACAUAUUAUCUAAAUCUUGUGGCUCAUUGAAGCAUUUUCAUGUUUGACAUUUAAAGAUUCAAAGCUAUUUUGUUUCCUUUUACAAAAAGUCCAAACACAACAACAAACAAGAAACAUUUUGUUAUCUCAUAAUUAAAAAAAAAAAAAAAAAAAGUACAGAAAUUGGUUUGAUCUGUUUGUUGGAAAAACAUCUUUUGCGUGAGCAUUGUCUAUUACUGGUGGGUUGUGGUCAGUUUUCGAACGUAGCUUUAUCUUGAUGUGUGAUUAGCGUGUGGUUGAAGAGUUUUUCCAUUCCAAUGCACAUGAUGCUAACAGUCUGACAUCCGCUUUACACAAAACAGCUUUAUUACUAAAAUACUGAACCCAUCAAUUCUGAAAGGUCUCAAAUCAAACUGUAAAAUAUAAAAUAUCAUAGACUUUGUGUGUAUAAGCAUCAUGAACUUAUAUGCUCAUGCUGUGAUCCUGCUGAUAACUCAGCUAGUUUCAGUAGUUAUUUCCAGCUCCAGCACGAGGAGGUGGAGUUAUUUCUAAGAGCUAUUCUAGACAUUACAUCUUUGUUUAAUAAAAGAACACCCUGUUUUUGU